AUGCUUGAAAAUGAAAAUAACGCAGGGGGUAGAGAUAAUUUGUUUGACGGCGGGGGUAGAGGUGAUUUGUUUGAGGGCGGGGGUAGAGGUGGUUUGUUUGAGUUCGGGGGUAGAGAUGAUUUGUUUGAGUUCGGGGGUAGAGAUGAUUUGUUUAAGUUCGGGGGUAGAGAUGAUUUGUUUGAGUUCGGGGGUAGAGAUAAUUUGUUUGAGUGCGGGGGUAGAGAUGAUUUGUUUGAGUUCGGGGGUAGAGAUAAUUUGUUUGAGGGCGAGAGUAGAGAUGAUUUGUUUGAGUUCGGGGGUAGAGGUGGUUUGUUUGAGGGCGGGGGUAGAGAUGAUUUGUUUGAGGGCGAGGGUAGAGAUGAUUUGUUUGAGUUCGGGGGUAGAGGUGGUUUGUUUGAGGGCGGGGGUAGAGAUGAUUUGUUUGAGGGCGGGGGUAGAGAUGAUUUGUUUGAGGGCGAGGGUAGAAAUGAUUUGUUUGAGGGCGGGGGUAGAGAUGAUUUGUUUGAGGGCGAGGGUAGAGAUGAUUUGUUUGAGUUCGGGGGUAGAGGUGGUUUGUUUGAGGGCGGGGGUAGAGAUGAUUUGUUUGAGGGCGAGGGUAGAGAUGAUUUCUUUGAGGGCGGGGGUAGAGAUGAUUUGUUUGAUGGCAGGGGUAGAGGUGGUUUGUUUGAGUUCGGGGGUAGAGAUGAUUUGUUUGAGUUCGGGGGUAGAGGUGGUUUGUUUGAGGGCGGGGGUAGAGAUGAUUUGUUUGACUGCAGGGGUUAG